AUGAUUACAACGUCAUUUGACUAUGUGGUUAACUUUCAGUGCAACUGGGAUGGUAUCCAGGUUCAGCCCGGUCAAACUAUGUCUACACGACAUCUACGUUUUGCUCCACGAUUUACACUAAAUGUGGAUCCAGAAUCAACCUUUACACUAAUUAUGAUUGAUCCGGAUAACCUUUCGCGCAAGAAUCCUUCAGUUGCUGAAUGGCUUCACUGGUUGGUAACAAAUAUUCCUGCCAGUAAUGUAUUGGAAGGAAUCAAUGGAGGACAACAUCAGAUGACCUAUGGAAGUCCGGCACCACAACCGAGAACCGAUUUGCAUAGAUAUGUUAUUUUACUUUUUGAGCAUCAGGGAAGACGACUAACUGUACCAACAAUUAAGCAGAGAGCAAAAUUCAGCGUCAAACAGUUUAUGGAAAAGCAUAAUCUAGGUGAUCCAAUAGCCGGUAACUUCUUUUUGGCACAACACGAGUGA